CCGGCGGUCCCAUGCAAGCACUCAGUGGAGAAGAAGACGAUGACCAACCCUACCACCGUCAUCGAAAUCUACCCUGACACCACCGAGGUGAACGACUACUAUCUCUGGUCCAUCUUCAACUUUGUAUACCUCAACUUCUGCUGCCUCGGCUUCAUCGCCUUGGCCUAUUCAUUGAAAGUCCGGGAUAAGAAACUCCUCAAUGAUUUAAAUGGAGCAGUUGAAGAUGCUAAGACAGCCCGGCUUUUUAACAUCACCAGCUCAGCCCUUGCCACCUUCUGUAUCAUCCUUAUCUUCAUCUUCCUGCGAUACCCUCUCACUGACUACUAGAGUGAGGCCAACAGCAGCGGCCGCCGCCAAAAUGCCUCUAUGCCAGAAGUGUCUGCAGUUGUUUCUUGUAGCAAGGACACACACAAAAAUAACAACCACUACACCUUGAUUGCAAAAAAAGCCAACCAACGAAACCCACCAAAGUCAAUUGAAUACAUAAAUAAAAUUUGAAUUAGUUUAUCAGCCCAGCUGAGCAUACCCUUUCUGCCCCCAAAUAGUAUUUGAACUGUGGUAGGAAAGGGUCUCACUCUUACAUGUGUACAGGGAAAGAAAUAGACCAAGAAAUAUUUAUUUUAUGGUCGACAAGCUGUUUGAAAAGAGUGUGCAAAGCCCAGAGUGACACAUGCCUAGUGGCAGAGAGCUGAGCUCUGGGGAGCAGUGGGUCCUGCAGAGCUGGAGACACAUGCAGUGAUGGAUGGGGACCACAGCAGGGCUGUCUCACAACAUAUCAGGUGUGUUCAGACCGCCCCACCACCCCCCAGCUUAUGGGGGUUUCUUUUCCUUUUCUUCUCUUGAAUUUCAUCCGCUGGUUCAAACAACUCCCAACCCCUGGAAAGCUGAGGGUGUUAGAUGAAGUUCAUGCUGGGGACCCCCAAAGCCUCCAGAGAAACCCCAAAGUGCUAAAGGGCAGGUUUCUCCUUGGGCUCUCCCAGCAGUGCUGAGAAGGAAGGCAGCUUCUGGACCACUCGCCUAAGCCACCUAAGUGGAGUGCUACUGUAUUUCUGUAAACAGUCAAUAAAAAGAUACCUCUGAUACGUGA